AAAAUGAAGAUCCUUUUACCACUGACCUUUCUGGUUUUUAUUAGUUCUCCAGGUUGGACAAGAGAUAGGCACUAUAACUUAGGCAUUAAAGAAACUACUUGGAACUAUGCUCCUACUGGUAAAAAUAUGCUCAACGGAAAGCCCAUUUCAGAAGAUCAAGAGUUUGAGUCCCAAACAUACCUACAACAAAGCCAAGAUAGGAUAGGAUCUAUUUAUAAAAAGGCUAUGUAUUUUGCCUAUACGGAUGACACAUUUCAAACAGUCAUUGAAAAACCAUCCUGGUUGGGAUUUUUAGGUCCGAUCAUUAAAGCAGAAACUGGAGACUUCAUUUAUGUACAUGUGAAAAAUUUUGCUUCAAGAAGGUACAGUUUCCAUCCUCAUGGACUCACAUACACUAAGGAAAAUGAAGGUGCUCUAUACCCUGAUAAUACUACAGGCCUGCAAAAAGAAGAUGACCACUUGGAGCCAGGGGCAGUGUAUACUUACAAAUGGUUUGUGGAAGAAAAACAGGGGCCUGGUCCCAAUGACAGUAACUGCGUGACAAGGAUGUACCACUCCCACGUAGACACUCCAAAAGAUGUAGCUUCGGGACUUAUUGGACCGAUUAUCACUUGUAAAAGAGGAACCCUUGAUGGAGACAUGGAAAAAAAUAUCAAUGAGUCUUAUGUUUUGCUGUUCUCUACAACUGAUGAAAACAACAGCUGGUAUAUCAAUGAGAAUAUCAAUACAUAUACUGAACCUGGCCAAGUUAAUGCUAGUGACCCUGGCUUCCAGGAAAGCAAUCGCAUGCGCUCAAUAAAUGGAUACAUGUAUGGAAAUCUGCCCAAUCUCACCAUGUGUGCACAGGACAGGGUCAAGUGGCAUUUUAUCGGCAUGGGUGGUGUGGUGGACACACACCCCAUCUAUCUCCACGGACAAACUCUGACCUCUCGGAAUCAUAGAAAAGACACCAUUACUGUCUUCCCUGCCUCAAUGGAAGAUGCCUUCAUGGUGGCCCAGGGUACUGGGGAGUGGAUGCUGAACUGUCAGAUACAUGAGGGUAUGGAGGCCUUCUUCAAUGUAAGGAAUUGCCAAAAACCUUCAACAGAUGCUAAUGGGACACAAGUUGUACAUUAUUAUAUUGCUGCUGAAGAAAUUUCUUGGAAUUAUGCUCCCUCUGGUAUAGAUUUCUUCUCUAAAAAAAAUUUAACAGCAGCUGGAAGUGAAUCCCGGCUCUAUUUUGAACAAAGCCCAACCAGAAUUGGAGGAACUUAUAAAAAACUUGUUUACCGUGAAUACACAGAUGCUUCUUUCCAAACACAGAAGGCAAGAGCAGUGCACCUUGGAAUCCUUGGUCCUGUUCUUAAGGCAGAGGUAGGACAGACCAUCCAGGUCACUUUCUAUAACAAUGCCUCCCUGCCACUCAGCAUUCACCCCCACGGACUGCGUUACAACAAGAGCAACGAGGGCUCCUUCUACAAAACACCCAUGGGGAGUCUCCCUUCAUCCUCCUCACAUGUAAAUCCUGGCGCAACAUUUGUCUAUACCUGGGACGUUCCCAGAGAUGUGGGUCCCACGGCCACAGACCCCAACUGCCUGACCUGGUUCUACUACUCCUCAGUGAACCCUCCAAAGGACACCAACAGUGGCCUUGUGGGACCCCUCCUCGUCUGCAGAAAUGGAAGUCUGGGUGAGGAUGGCAAACAGAAAGGAAUAGACAAAGAAUUUUACCUGCUUGCCACUAUAUUUGAUGAAAAUAAAAGUUACCUCUUGGAUGAAAAUAUCAGGACAUUUACCACAGAGCCUGAAAAUGUGGAUAAAGAGGAUCCAGGCUUCCAAGACUCUAACUACAUGUUCUCCAUAAAUGGAUACAUGUAUGGAAAUCUGCCUGGACUGGAUAUGUGCUUAGGAGACAACGUUUCGUGGCACGUUCUUAGUGUGGGAUCAGACCAGGACUUACACGGGAUAUAUUUUUCAGGAAAUACCUUCACUUCCUUAGGAGCAAGGGGCGACACAAUAGCUCUGUUUCCCCACAUCUCUCAAACACUUUUGAUGACACCCGAUUCCCUAGGAGUUUUUGAUGUGGUUUGUAUAACCUCAGAGCAUUACCAAGGAGGCAUGAAACAUAAAUACCGAGUGAGGCAGUGUUCAAAGUCGAACCCGGAUCAAACUCAGUACCAGGAGGAGAAGAUUAUUUAUAUUGCAGCUGAGGAAAUUGUGUGGGAUUAUUCUCCUAGCAGAAAGUGGGAGAAAGAACUGAAGAGCCUUCAAAGAAAGAAUGAAACAGACAUAUAUUUGGAUAGAAUUGGGACAUUUCUUGGGUCCAAAUACAAGAAAGUGGUCUACCGUCAAUAUGAUGAUAUCACAUUCACGCAUCAAACAGAAAGAAAUGAAGAUGAAAAACAUCUGGAUAUACUAGGUCCUUUAAUAUUUCUCAGCCCAGGUCAGAAACUCCAUAUUGUCUUUAAAAAUAACGCCUCAAGACCAUAUUCUAUUCAUGCUCAUGGAGUAAAAACUAACUAUUCCACUGUUGUUUCAACACAGCCAGGAGAGAUCCAAACAUAUGUUUGGCAGAUUCCUGAAAGAACUGGUCCCACUUCAAAGGACUUUGAGUGCAUACCUUGGUUUUACUAUUCAACUGUGGAUGUGGUUAAGGAUCUUAACAGCGGACUGGUAGGUCCUUUGAUCAUAUGUCGGAAAGGCACCAAACCCAGCAUAGUACACCGUGUUCUCCACUUCAUGAUUUUUAAUGAGAACUUAUCCUGGUACUUUGAAGAAAACAUCAAUACCUAUUCUCGGGAACCAAACCAAGUAGACAGGAAUGAUCCUGUUUUUGACCUCAGCAACCAAAUGCACGCAAUUAAUGGAAGAAUGUUUGGAACUAACCAAGGCCUAACAUUUCACAUUGGGGAUGAAGUGAAUUGGUAUCUGAUUGGCAUGAGGGGUGAGUUUGACCUCCAUACGGUUCACUUUCACGGCCACAGCUUUGAAUUCACGGAUGUGGGACUGUAUCACUCUGAUGUUUACGAUCUUCCUCCUGGGGUCUAUAAAACUGUGAAAAUGUAUCCAAGAGAUGUUGGAACCUGGUUAUUUCAUUGCCAUGUCAAUGUACACAUUACAGCUGGGAUGGAAAGCACUUACACUGUAAUUGAGUAAAAAGCAUAAAUAUCUGCCUGCUAUGAAUGUUAAGUCCAGUAGCAGAGGUAAAGUUGCUGAAGAAGAAAAACAUCAGGAGUGUAGAAGAGGCUGUCUAAGGACUUUCACAGCAACGUACCAGGAAAGCUAGCUUGAAAUAAAAAUUUUCUUGGUAAAUUUCAUGA